AUUGUAGUGCUAGUGUGUGUGUGUUUGAUUUGCUCGUUUUUGUCGUAAUAAUGUAGUGUAGUUCAGUGAAGCAUCAUGGGCCUGUAAAAAUUUUGUAAGGAAAAGAGAGAAAAUAUGGAGAAAUUGACUUUUAAGUUGGAGUUGGACGAAUGAAUUAGGUUGCUAUCAGAAGAGUCGUGAAGUAGUUUAGUGAAAGAGCAAUAUAUAAUAUUCCUUAAUUCAAUUUUACUCAAUGCUUCAAUUUUUAUUUUAUUUUAUUUUGCCUGUUUUGGUAAUGCAUUGUUGUAGUGAGGGUGUAUCGGAAACAGCUCUCUGACUCACAAAGGUAGGGGUACGUUCUAAGUACAUCUUACCUUUCCAGACCUCACUUGUGGUUGUGGGAUUACAUUGGGUAUGUUGUUGUUUUUGUUUCAAAUUUUUUGGUUGAUAUUUCUUAGGAUGAUGAAUAAAUUAUUUGAAAUCCUUCUUAACCUUAUCUAAGCGUAAAACAUAGGUUUAUAUUAUCUUCUGUCUAAUAUUCAUUGAGGUUUGUGUUAAACUAGAUAAAAAAAUCAUUAAGCAGAACUAGAAUCAUGAAUCAGGCUAAUAUUGUUUUCUUUUAUAACUGCGGUGGCCGACCAAGCUUGUGUGCGCCUCGACUAAUUCAACGGGGUACUUGCUGCUUCCACCAUUGUAGAAAUAACCUAAUGUUUUUUGUGUCAGUUGGUAUUUAAACGUGAGACCUCAUGGUUCUCAAUCCACUUCAUUAACCACUAGACCCCACCAUCGGCUAAUAUUUAAUUUAGCUCAAGAAACACGUAUUGAUAUUUCGUGAUACAUUACUUUGAUUUGUUUCUUUUCCUGAAAUAUCAUUGCAGAGAACAACUUUCAUUUUAAUUAUUCACAGUUGUUCAGUCCUAGAAGAUGAGGAGGCAGCUGAUGAUGUCGUGGCAACGGCUCUGUAGGCUUAUAAUGAUUUCUAGGCCCUUUGGCAAGCCAUUGCGAGAUAAGGCGAUAGCAGUUGCUGGAAGAGUCACUAUAAUGAAAGAAGGAAUGAUUUUGAAAGCUUCUUGUCCAGUGUGUUUGCAAGUUCUAAGCACACCACUUGAUUCUGAUCUGAAAAUGACACUGGCUGUACACAUGAGCUUAUGGCACGCAGAUGAUGUUCAAUUGCAUUGGGAAGUGAUGCAAAACAAAGGAAGAUCAAUUGUUCACAUGCCCUCAUUCUGCUUUGGAGCUGGGAUGGCUUCUGGAAUUGGGGUUCUGAUGGUUAUUCUUGCCAGAAGUCAUGCUCAAGCAUUUGGCAAAAAGAGGGACAACUCCUGCUUUGUACUCAGCAAUCUUUAAGAACAUAGCCAAUGACAGAUCAAAGUGUCGUUGUGGAGGAUUGCACCAAAUGU